UUGCUGAUCGAUUCUCUGUCGUCUCUCACUGUAACUUGUUCCAAGCUAGUGGUCACGUUCACGUAUACAAAGGAGACGAAGUGUCGAGUGUGUUCCGACUUCCAGAAGUGUCGAGUGUGUAACUUCAUUUUUUAUCGCCCCUUGUUCCAGUUUCUGACAAUGGCAAAGCUUGUCCAAACCUGGGCUCAAAUCCCAGUCGGGUUCUUUGAAUUUUGAAGCUGGGCACGGUUCUGAUUCUUGACCAACUGAUCGUUGUCCCUAUAAAUAAGAAUACAUCUUUAUUAAUUCCAUUUGUUUCCCAUCUCAUCUCAUCUAAGUUAAACCAGAAGAUCAGCCAUGGAAUUGGCCCGGGCACUGUUAUUGGUUUUCUGCAUUUCCUUGUUUUCCGUUCAAGCUAGACAUCAUCAUAACCAUACCAAGCACAAGCACGGCCAUCGAGUCUCCUUCAUUUCACAGCCCCCUUCACCACCACCUGAGCCUGCAGCUAGUAAUUUUAGUGGUAUCUUCAGUGUACUGUCAUUUGGUGCUGUUGGAGAUGGCGUUACAGACGAUACUCCAGCUCUCAAGAUGGCAUGGGAUGCAGCCUGUGAAUCCGAAUCGGCAGUCCUCCUUGUUCCUGAUGGCUACUCCUUCAUGAUCCAGUCUGCAAUUUUCACAGGCCCUUGUCAAAAUGGCUUGGUGUUUCAGAUUGAUGGUGCUCUCAUGCCGCCUGAUGGGCCUGAGUCUUGGCCUAAGAAUUACAGUAGACGCCAGUGGCUGGUAUUCUACAGAAUCAAUGGAAUGACAAUGCAAGGGGGUGGUCUUAUUGAUGGGAGAGGUGAAAAGUGGUGGAAUCUUCCCUGUAAACCCCACAAGGGAGUUAAUGGAACGACGUUGCCCGGACCCUGUGAUAGCCCUGUAGCCAUAAGGUUCUUCAUGAGCUCCAACCUAACCAUUCAGGGGCUUAAGAUUCGGAACAGCCCCCAGUUCCACUUCAGAUUUGAUAACUGCAGAAACGUCCAUGUAGAUACAAUUACCAUAAAGUCACCCUCUCACAGUCCCAACACUGAUGGAAUUCACAUAGAGAACACCAACUCUGUCCGGAUAUAUAAUUCCAUCAUUUCAAAUGGCGACGAUUGUGUAUCGAUUGGAUCUGGUUGUUAUGACGUAGACAUAAACAAUAUCACAUGCGGCCCCAGCCAUGGAAUCAGCAUUGGGAGUCUAGGAAGCCGUAACUCGCGAGCCUGUGUUUCCAAUAUCACAGUUACCAAUUCAGUCAUAAAGCACUCAGAUAAUGGAGUUCGGAUUAAGACAUGGCAAGGAGGAUCAGGGUCUGUAUCUGGGGUGAGCUUCAACAAUGUGCGAAUGGACACUGUGAGGAAUCCCAUCAUAAUAGACCAGUUCUACUGCCUCACCAAAGGCUGCCUCAACCAAACCUCUGCGGUCUUUGUCUCGGAUAUCUCAUAUACAAACAUCAAGGGGACUUAUGAUGUGAGGAGCCCACCAAUGCAUUUUGCCUGCAGUGACUCAGUCCCAUGCACCAACCUAACCCUCUCGGAUGUGGAACUUCUUCCUGCUCAAGGAGAGUUUGUGUUGGAUCCAUUUUGUUGGAAUGCUUAUGGCGCUUCAGAGACGCUUACCAUUCCACCAGUCUCCUGCUUGCUGGAUGGUAUACCAAGGUCGAUACUGGAGAAUGACAUAGAACACUGCUGAAUCACUAGACUACAUCAUGUAAAGCAAAUCUCUCUCUCUCUCUAUUUAUAUAUAAUAUUUACUUAAUUAGGAGCUGAGAAAAAUUUCAUAAAGUGUAAGAGAUGAAAAGUAUAAUAUAAUAUAGUUGGGAAAAUUAAGGAGUGAUGUACUAUGUAUGCUCCACCAUAUAUAUACCUU